UUGGUGAAAAUUCAACAUCGUCCCUUAUAAUACAAAAUCCAAAAGCAUCGAACCUCCGAUUUCAAGAAUUCUUUCUUGGCUUCUGUCUUUUCUGGAAUUCAAUACAAUCAUCCAAUCUAUCGUUUUUUCUCUCCCUUUUUCUGUCUCCAUAAUUUAGAGAAAGGGCAUUCACUCAUUCGGGGGGUUUCCUGAAGAGAGCGGGUGCCCAAUUCCAUUUGCUCGCUGAAGGUCUUUCCUCACUUUUCGUUUGUUACUCCAAGUUCCAAUUGCCACAAGUUUUACUUCCACAAUCAGGAUAUCGUGACAAUUGGGAUUGUCAAUGACACUUGAAAAGGUUUUUGUGGUACCAACGUAGGUUGAAAACGGUACCAUGGGUGCAGUUUGUUGCUGCUUACGAGACGAUUGUGAAGAUUUUGCCAAUCCAAACAGCUCAAUGUAUAGGAACUGUAUAUGCCUUGGAACUCUUGUUCAGAACUUCUUGCAUGUGUAUACAUCACUUUUCCAUAGAGGAGAACAACAUGUCAUUCCUUCAUCUGAUCAAGGGGCUAUAUCUUUGAGUUCUACAACAUCUCUUGAUGACUCACUGUCUGACGUUUACCGUUCUCCUCCGAGACCACUGCCUUAUGAUGCUGAUCCAAGAUAUUUCCGCUUGCAACAAGACGGACAAGUCUCGAGAAGGGAGGAAGGCUCAAGCCACUCACAUGAGGAGACUGAACCACUGCAAAGAAGCUUUGACGAUUCCGAAUCGUUAAGUGAUGUAAAUAAAUGGAGUCAGCCUACAUCUGAAGAGGGAUCAAAAGAAUACAACAAAUCUUCUGUGGAAUUCUCAACAGCUAAAAUGACUUCCGGAGAUGCUCAUAUUUAUUAUUAUUCAGAAGAUGAAGAUGUCUGUCCGACAUGUCUUGAAGAAUACACCGAGGAAAACCCAAAAAUAAUGACAAAAUGCUCUCACCAUUUCCACCUGAGUUGUAUAUAUGAGUGGAUGGAAAGAAGUGACAGCUGUCCAGUUUGUGGCAAGGUGAUGGCAUUUGAUGAGACUACCUGAUCUUUGCUCAAGAAGUUACAGUCGAGGGUGAAACCAGCAGUAAUAGGGGAUUAUAAAACCGAAACAGAUGAAUUUGAAGUCUGUGAAUACCAGUAAAUACGAAAUAACUGAUAAACAUAUCCCUGAUUAAUGCUUGAGUUUCGAUAUUGUUAUGGUUUUCAAUUUAACUUUGUACUCCCAGUUGGGUGGAUUUUCCAGAUAAAGUUGUCACUGAUGUAACAACAUAGUUCAGAGCUUCUUAUCUUGGUAUAAUAUUGCCAAGGUUGUGGUGAUUGUUCUUCCAUUGUAUAGACCACAUUUUCUUUUGGAAACUAAAAUCCUAGCAAAGUAUGUUA